CAUAAGGGAUUGAACACGCGGGAAAAGAGGGAACAGUUGGGGCGUCCUCUCCCUCUCGAGUGGGAUGUGCGGGGGAGAACAUAUAAAGAGAUCGGAGAGUACAGCUCAAAUUUCUCAAGAGAGCUCGGAUUACUUGUUCGACAGUACACAGAUCCGGACUGUCCUCAAUGGUCAAAAGUACCAAAUGCCUCGAAAGAAAGAAUACUUGCACAUUUGGAAGAUGAUUUGUUUGAUAUUGGGCGUACUAGAUAUGGAGAAGGGCAUAUGCCUGGGAUCUUGAGAGGCAUUGAUACUUCGUGUGCUAAAAAGUAUUCUGACUGGAAGUACGAUAUUAAAGAGCACUUAACGAUUAAUGGGCCACAAAAUCGUUAUGGUGGUUGCACGGAUACGCAGUGGCAAAAAGCAAUUGAUUUUUUCCGUCGCCCAGAAAUUACGAAACGUUCUGUGGUCAACAAGGAAAAUAGAAAGAAAUUGAAAGAGCUUAGCUAUGGAGGUUCUCAGUCAAUCCCAGCCUUACGCUAUAAAAAGCGCAAUUUAGAGACUGGGCAACUUGAGUCCAUCCCGGAUAGCUGGAUGGAUACUCACCAUAAAUCAGGCACAGGGUGGGUGACAGAGACAGCAAAAAAUACUUGGGAGGAAUUGCGUGCAUACCGCGACACACAGCAGACACAGGCAACUGAUACUGAGAGUUCCACACCAGUUUCGAGUGCGCCUGAAGAUGAAGACAUAUCUUUGGUACAAAAUGUCUUCGGAAAACGACGGGGCCACCAGAAAGGAUAUGGACGUAUCCUUAACAUAAGGGACCGAACUCCAUUUGAUUUUCGUCCUUCACAAACUAGAGAUGAAGAGUUGUCUGAGAUGAGAGAGCGUCUUCGACAGUUAGAGGAGCAUGUCCGGACUCAUUGUAUCACCCCGGGAUCUCAAUCUGCCCCACCACCACCACCCGAUGAUCCUGAUGUUGGAGCACCGACUCAGUAGGACUUAUGUAUGAAUUUUAUUACAAUUGACUAUUACAUUAUCAUGUUUAAGACAAGUCUUUAUUUUAAUUCAACGAAUACACUCUUAUGUUUUUUUUUAUAUCUUUAAUAUAAGUGUUUUAAUUUUA